AUGUACAUGCGUGGAAGCUUCACUGCUUGCUCCAACGACCACGCGUCCGGAAGUUCUAGCAACUGUGAUUCGAGCGAUGUACAGCUCAGUGAGACGCUUCCUGACGCACGAGUGCUGGACGUGGGUGUUCAAAUGUUGGACAAACGCUGGCGGUAUUGCAUAAAACAAGAGACGAAACAUGCUACCAAGCAAUUGAGCAGUUGCCAUCAUCACUGUGUCCGAGUGGUGCUUAUAGGGCAAGGUCAAGCUGAACUGCCAGCAUCGGAUCCAGGAAACUGGACCGAGGGUGGCCUUGAUUGA